AUGGCUAAGUAUUUGAUUUUUCUGGAAUCUUUUACCAAACAAGAGACGAUCAAAACUUUUUUAGGGAAUGAUUACGAAAUCUUCGCAACUAGUGGGCAUUUAACCGAAUUAAAAAAAGAUGGUUAUAAUAACUUAGGUUUAGGAAAAGAUUUAAAAAAAUUUGAUUUUACCCCGCGUUUAAUUCUUUUAGCCACUGACCCAGACCGUGAGGGCGAAGCAAUUGCCAAAGCAGUGGUCGAUUUACUUCAAUUGAAACCGCAACAAUACAAGCGUUUACUUUUUUACGAAAUUACUCAACAAAGCAUCCGCCAAUCUUUGGCUAAUCUCUCAGAACUUAACCAAAAAUUAGUUGAAGCCCAAAAUGCUAGACAAGUUUUAGACCGAAUGAUUGGCUUUUGUCUCAGUCCCCUUUUACAAAAAAAAAUCCGUCAAGCUUUGUCAGCCGGCCGAGUCCAAUCAGUCGUUUUAAAAUUAAUUGUUGACCGGGAAAUUGCCAUUCAAGAAUACGAAAAAAACAAAGAAUAUAUUCUCCAAGGAAUUUACGAGACCCAAGGGGAAAAAUACGCUUUAAGGCAAAAAGGCGAAAAGGGAAAAUUAGUGACUUAUCCUAAUAAAGAAGAAGCAGAAAAGGUUAAGGCGCAAUUAGGUCCUAUUUUUUCUCUCAUCAAGGAAGAAAAAGAAAAAAGAUAUAUCAUUCCCAAGGCUCCUUUUACUACUUCUCUCUUGCUGUACGAAGCAAAAUCUCAAUUAGGUUUUUCCAUUGCCCAAACUACUAAAUUAGCUCAGCAAUUAUACGAAGGAGUUUAUUUAAAAAAAAGUUUAAAUGUCCAAGACGCCCACGAAGCCAUUCGUCCCACUUACUUUUCGCAACAUCCCGAAGAAAUAAAAGAUAGUUUAACGCCGGAACAAUUUGCCCUGUAUAAACUAAUUUAUCGGCACACCUUAGCCAGUUUAAUGAGUUCAGCCCAAGCCGAAAAAACUACGUAUACUUUUGUUAACAAUGGCUAUUACUUUACCCUCAACGAAAAUGUGCUUACUUUUGCCGGAUUUUUCAUUCUUAACCCUGAUUAUUAUUUGCCUAAUUAUAAAAUUAAAAAGGCUUCUUUCUUAGCCGAAGUUGAUUUGCAAUCCUUAGAAGUAAACAAAAUGGAAGUAAAAGAAUACUUGGAAAAUAAGCCUCAGCGUUAUAAUGAAGGCAGUUUAGUCCAGGAACUAGAAAGAUUAGGGAUUGGUCGCCCCUCUACUUAUAAUACAUUUAGUCGACUUUUGCUUAGUCGCGGCUACGUUGAUUACAAUAAUGAAAAACAGAAACAUUUUAUUCCGAAAGAGUUAGGUAUUAAAGUAAACGAGUGA